AAUAUUGUUAGCAAAACAAGAGUAACAUUGUCCCUUUCAUUCCUCGAGGAGGAAAUGAAAAUUGGCGAUCAUCGUAGCUGAAUCUGCAAUUUUUCAUUCCGCUGGUUCCAACAAGAUAACAGGAAUAGAGGGCCAGGCAAAUCCUUUAAUGUGCAAGGGUUCGAAAUUGGCUGUGUACGUUGUUUCAGGUCGUUCACGUUCUACGUGCAUAUACCGUUAGCUCUGUGAAUCUGCUGUUUCUAUGCUUUGAUCCGCAAACUGUAAAAUCAGCCGGUGUUGUUGAAUUAACAAUGGCAUCGGGUCAAAACCAAGCGCCUAAUGUCGAUCUCUUCGAUGCUUAUUUUCGACGUGCGGAUUUGGAUCGAGACGGCCGUAUCAGCGGUGCCGAAGCUGUCGCCUUCUUCCAAGGCUCCGGUUUGUCCAAGCAGGUUCUCGCGCAGAUUUGGGCUUUUGCAAACCAGAGCCAAAGUGGUUUCCUUGGCCGGGUUGAGUUUUACAAUGCCCUUAAACUUGUCACAGUGGCACAGAGUAAGCGAGAGCUAACUCCAGAAAUUGUAAAAGCAGCUUUGUAUGGCGCAGCUGCAUCUAAGAUACCUGCACCUCUAAUUAAUUUCACUUCCGCUGUUGCACCUCAGUUUAAUUCUUCUGCAGAUGCAACUCCAACGCAGAUGGCUCCUGUUAAUCCUAUUUCCUCUCAAACUAUUGGAUUAAGGGGGACAGUUCCAAAUUUAAUUAGAAGCCAGCCAAACUUUUCUUCUCAAGAAAGUCAUUUAGUGAACCCUCCUCAACAAACUUCUACAUCUAGUUCAAAUUUAGUACACAGUGUUGCCACUCAAGGGUUCUCUGGGGUGAUGGCUGUUGGUAGAGCUCAAACUAUAUCCUCCAGCAUUACAGGUGAUGAAAUCACUGGCAAAACGAGUGGAGCUCCAGCAGUAACCUCCCAAGUAGGAGCUGAUGGAAUUAGUCCUUCAACAACCAGUGACGGGUUUGGGCUUGCAACCUCCAGACCAAAUGCUGCCCUGCCACCUAGGCAGUACCCAGUCUCUGACACAAAUCCAUCUGAACAAGCAGUUAAAGAUUCUAAAUCUGGGGAUGUGUUCUCUGCUACCUCAUCUCAGCCAAAGCAAUACACUUCACCUCAAGGAUUUUCUAUGCUCAGUUCGCAGGCUUCAUCAACUUCUGUUCCAGUAUCUGGAGUAAACCAGAAUUCUGUUCAGACGAGUGCUGCUGAUUCUUUUCAGAGCUCACCUGUGACACAGCCUGUUAGUGCACAACUUCCACAGGCUCAGCCUCUGGUGAAACAAAACCAAAAUGUCCCUAUCCAGACACGUAAUACGUUGAUUCCAUCUGGACAUUCAGUGGGAUUGCAGAAUUCUGCUUCCAGUCAGCCUCCAUCUCCCUGGCCAAGGAUGACCUCAUCUGAUGUUCAGAAAUAUAAAAAAGUAUUUGUGGAAGUAGAUGCAGACAGAGAUGGGAAAAUUACUGGGGAACAAGCCCGAAAUUUGUUCCUUAGUUGGAGAUUGCCAAGAGAGGUUUUAAAGCAGGUCUGGGACUUAUCUGAUCAAGAUAAUGAUAGCAUGCUUUCUCUUAGGGAGUUUUGUAUUGCAUUGUACUUAAUGGAGAGAUACAGGGAAGGACGAGUUCUUCCUGUAGCAAUUCCUAAUAACAUUAUGCUUGAUUUACCAACUUCUGGUACUGCAUCUUGGGGAACUUUACCAGUUUUUCAACAGCAGCAAGGGAUGGUUGUUGCUGGGUCCCAAACAGUGAACCCUGCUGCGGGUAGGCCACCAAGACCUGCUUCUGUCGCUGAAUCAGAUGAAGGACCACAGAAUAAGCAGCAUAAGCGCAGAGUGCCAGUCUUGGAGAAGCACCUCAUAAGUCAGCUGAGUUCUGAUGAACAGAAUUCAAUCAAUUCAAAAUUUGAAGAGGCAACACAUGCAAAUAAGAAGGUGGAAGAACUUGAGGGAGAGAUAUUGGAGUCCAGAGAGAAAAUAGGCUUCUAUAAUGCCAAAAUGCAAGAACUUGUUUUGUACAAGAGCAGAUGUGACAACCACCUUAAUGAGAUUGUAGAAAGGAUAUCUGCUGAUAAGCAUGAGGUUGAGAUUCUUGCCAAGAAAUAUGAAGCCAAAUAUAAGCAAGUUGGGGAUAUAGCAUCCAAGUUAACUGCUGAAGAAGCCACAUUUCGUGACAUACAGGAGAAAAAGUUGGAACUGUAUCAAUCAAUUGUCAAAUUGGAACAAGAUGGCCUUACUGAUGGUACCCUUCAGGUUCAUGCUGAUCGUAUCCAAUCAGACCUUGAUGAGCUAGUGAAAUCUUUAAAUGAACGGUGCAAGAAAUAUGGGUUACGUGGAAAGCCCACAACACUAGUGGAGCUACCAUUUGGCUGGCAACCUGGCAUCCAAGACGGAGCUGCUGACUGGGAUGAGCAUUGGGAUAAGCUUGAAGAUGAAGGAUUCACUUUUGUCAAAGAUCUCACUCUCAGCGUGGAAAACAUAUUAGCACCUCCUAAACAAAAAAUGGAGUCAGCUGUGGGCAGCAAAGCUGCUGUUGUCGACAAUCAAACAUCUGCAGCUACAGCUGAGAGUGAUGAUAAGUCAGAUAAGCUUCACACUGCUGAAGAUCACGCCAUUGAAAAUGGAUCUGCUCAUAGUAAAGGUGAAGAUGAAUCAGCAGUAAGUGCUCCUAACAGUCCAUUUGCAAGAAGUGCCAUUGGAAGCCCCACAAGGGACUCUGAGGAAUUUAAUGUUGGAAAGAAUAAUGAACAUAACUCAUCCCUUGAUCAAGAGAACAUACAAGGAAUCCAUAGUGAUCAUGGUGGUGUCAAGUCUCUGUUUUCUGGUGACAAAGUUUUUGAUGAACCAAACUGGGGAGCAUUUGACACUAAUGAUGAUAUUGACACAGUCUGGGGAUUCAAUCCUAGUGGCACUGCUAAGGUGGAAACUGAUCUUGAUAGAGCCGGAGACACCUACUUCUUCCACUCUGAGGAAUUGGGCCUCAACCUCAUUAAAACUAGUUCACCACAAGCAGUUGAUCCCCACCAGACGAGCAGUAGAUUCAGAUUUGAUGAUUCUGUUCCAAGUACGCCUCUUUUCAGUUCAGGCACCUCCCCACAGAGGUCUAGAGAGUGGUCGGAGCCUGCUUUUGACAGCUCAGGAUUUGAUCCUUUCAGCACGCAUGACAGUGGUUUUUUACAUUCGCGGGAUACACUAGUACGAUUUGAUUCUGUCCGCAGUAGUAGAGAUUUUGAUCAGGGUCAUGGCUUUCCAGCUUUUGAUGACUCAGGUCCCUUUGGUUCUGGACCAUUUAGGUCAUCAUCUGAAAGUCAAACGCCACGAAGAGGUUCUGAGAGCUGGAGCGCAUUUUAGUGUGGCCUUCUGAUUAGCUAUCCCAUACGUGCAUGAUUAUGUCUUCUGGCCUUUGACUUGAGUUGGAGUGAGUUCUCUUUAUUAGUAUUUGGGAUCUCUUAAUUGUAAUGUAUCCUUUGUAUUUAAUAGCAUAUUUCUUCUUCCCAGCCUUUUUGUGGGUCUUGGGAGGACGUCGAGUUUUGUGGAGCUCCUCUUCCUUUGAAAAAGAAAAAAGAAAAAAAAAAAAAGAAGGGGAACUUUGUUUGUAUUUUAAGCUUGCUGGUUGAAAUUUACUCUCGAGUCCUCUUGAAAAAACACACAGAAUAAGGGCUGUUGAAAGAUUGGAUUUGCAGAA